CUUUGGCAAAUGAAUAGCUAUCUAGUUGUAGUACAGUAACUUACUCUUCGGGUCUACGUCGGUGCCAUGGCUGCAGGUCCAGAGGUGCUCCUCCAGCUGACUCCGAGGACCGACGAACUGGCACUCGCUCUCAUCCCGCGGGCAGGAGACGCUGAUUCGCCUGGCGGGUUGGACGCCUCUCGGCUGUGCAGUUGUCAUCUCUACUGGCUCGACUCUGCUACUACUAAAAAAGCUUCAGCUGUGUACUUAUGGUGACGUUGAUGGCUUUGAAAAUGAUCAUUACGAUGUAAUCUAGCACUUAUCACUCGCGAUAAUUGUAUUCAUAACUCGUGUGUAAUUAACUUCCGGUUCAGCGCGCGCGCAAUAAUUAUGAGGCUAGCUAGCUAUCCUACUUUGUCCUGCGUUUGUCCUUUGCUCUUGCCAGAUCCUCCUUUUACCGAACCUCU